CCCGGCGGCGGCACGCGGGCGUUGCCCCGGAGCGGCGUGGCCAUGGCUGCCCGCAGCGGGAGGGAGGCGCCGGAUGCGGUGCAGAACCGGCUGCACGCCGAGCGCGCCAGGCGGGAGCACCGCUUCCAGCUGCUCUUCACGCAGUACACCGUGAACCCCUUCCGUCCCAUUCACAGGGUCACUAGGAAGCCAAUGUCUUGGCACGAGAACGUACAGGAGCCCAUAGAUGAUGAAUUCCUGAAUCUUCUUCACCGUGCAGCAGUGGUGCCAAGAGAGAAAUACUCAGAGCCACAAACUGAAAGCCAAGAAAUUGGCUGGCAUACAACACCUUUGGUUCCUUUUGACCGCACUGAUAUCAGAUUCUACUUCCCACGCCAGACAACUGAGAUCACCAUCCAUGGCUACCCUGCACCACUAAAGACUAGUACAGGGGGAAAGCCACAGAUAGAAUCUGAAUGACAUCUAAUGUGUUAGGCCCUGCUCGUUAUCUAGCAAGUGCAGCAGAUUUCUAGGGAGAGACAAUAGAGAAGAGAAAACUUUCAUCUGUCCAGAUUUGCAACCUGUGACACAAAUAAACCUAUCUGUAAGGCUCUGCAUUCGUCUCACUGCUGUUUCUACAUCCAUCUACACAAAUAGUCUAAAAAAAC